AUGGCAGAGGUUUUGGGAACUUACCAUAGGUUAGAAAAACAACUUUUUGUAAUGCAUAAUGGUAAAUCGACCGGGUCUGGUGGAUUUAAUCCUGGUUUUUUCAAAUCCUAUUUGGGAGUAGUGGGUGAUGAUGUGAUUAAAUUGUGUAAGGAAUUUUUUGCUAAUGGUUUUUUCAAAGAGGGUUUAAAUGAUACUGCUUUAGUUUUGAUUCCUAAAAGUGCUUUUGUGGAAAAUAGACUCAUUACUGAUAAUAUUUUCAUUGCCUAUGAGAUAGGUCAUUACUUGAGAGGCAAAAGGAGGGAGAAGCUGGGUAUGGUAGCGCUUAAAAUAGAUAUAAACAAGACGUAUGAUAGAGUGAAGUGGGAAUUUAAGGAGUUGAUGCUUCGAAGGUUGGGUUUUUAUGAUGAGUGGAUUAAGUUGAUAAUUUAUUGCUUAUCCUUAGUCAAGUGUACGAGUAUUGGUGAUUGUACGAGUAUGGAGCCGAUUAUCCCGAGUAGAGAAGUGCUCCGUCUAUUACUCACUCAUGUUUUGCGGAUGAUUGUUUCCAUUUUCUUGUGUUUCGUUGGAGAGAUGACCGUAGUGAAGAGUGUUCUGAAUGAGUACGAAAGGAUGUCAGGUCAAAAGGUUAAUGUUCAGAAAUCGAACAUAACCUUUAAUCCGAAUGUUACCAUGGUGGACAAAUUGGCUGUUAAUUUAGUUAUGGGCAUGGAGGAAGUGAGCAAUAGCGGGAAAUACUUGGGUCUCCCGUUUUGUGAGGAGGUAGAAAGGAUGAUCAACUCCUUUUGGUCGGGCAGAGAUUUAGUGAAAAAUAAAGACAUUAGUUGGACGAAGUAG